GCAGCGGAGAGGGGCGACCCUCCGCGAGCGUUGUGUGUGUGUGUCUGUGUGCGCGCGCGCGCGGCGCUCUCCGGUCAGGAUGCAGCGGGUUCUCCUUCCGCCCUUGAAGACUUUGGUCCGGGGUCCGUGUGUCCAGCUCUUGGUUCCUAGGGCGGCCCCGAGAGCACAGUGUGGUUGCAGCUGUGGCAUCAGGCGCCCUCUGAGGCCAGGGCAAUAUAGCACCAUCACUGAAGUGGCUUUACAGCCUGGAAAGGGUACAGUGCCUCUUCCUUCAAAGACUGCUGAGCGGGCAGUGGGCCGGUGGCUCCUGGUGUGCAGUGGAACAGUGGCUGGAGCAGUUAUUCUUGGUGGAAUAACUAGAUUGACAGAGUCUGGCCUCUCAAUGGUAGACUGGCAUUUAAUAAAGGAGAUGAAGCCACCUACAAGCCAAGAAGAAUGGGAAGCAGAAUUCCAAAAAUACCAACAAUUUCCAGAAUUUAAAAUCUUGAAUCACGAUAUGACCUUGGCAGAAUUCAAGUUCAUCUGGUACAUGGAGUACUCACACCGGAUGUGGGGUCGAGUUGUAGGCCUUGCAUACAUCCUGCCUGCUGCCUACUUUUGGAGAAAGGGCUGGCUCAGCCAUGGCAUGAAAGGACGUGUUCUUGCCCUCUGUAGCCUAGUCUGCUUCCAGGGUCUGUUAGGGUGGUACAUGGUGAAAAGUGGAUUAGAAGAAAAGCCAGAUUCUUAUGACAUCCCUCGGGUCAGUCAGUACCGCCUUGCUGCCCAUCUGGGAUCAGCCCUGGUUCUUUAUUGUGCUAGCUUGUGGACCUCACUGUCACUGCUACUCCCUAAGCACAAGUUGCCUGAAACCCGCCAGCUCAUGUGGUUGAGACGCUUUGCUGGUGGAACAGCAGGUCUGGUGUUUCUUACAGCUCUCUCAGGGGCUUUUGUGGCAGGGCUGGAUGCUGGACUUGUUUACAACUCCUUCCCCAAAAUGGGAGAAUCUUGGGUUCCAGAAGACCUCUUUACCUUCUCCCCCAUCCUGAGGAAUGUUUUUGAGAAUCCCACCAUGGUUCAGUUUGAUCAUCGGGUUCUGGGAAUCACUUCCGUCACUGCCAUUACAGUGCUGUACUUCCUCUCCCGAAGAAUCCCCCUUCCUCGAAGGACCAAGACGGCAGCGAUGACCCUGCUGGCUUUAGCAUAUACACAGGCAGCCUUGGGAAUUAGCACUCUGCUGAUGUACGUUCCAACUCCUUUGGCUGCCACUCACCAGUCAGGCUCCCUGGCUUUGCUUAGUGGUGCCCUUUGGCUCAUGAACGAACUCAGAAGAGUCCCAAAAUAAUUCUCAGAAGAUCAGCUUCCCAAGACUGAAACUGCUUCAAGACACUUAAGAGAGCUCAAGGACUUGGCCUUUUCUACAGUGACCUUGGCAUGCCAAGUGGUUUCCAAAUUGGUCAACUUAUUUAGAACUCUGCCUGUUUUGGUCACUGGAUCAAGAAUGUUAUUAAGUAUGGUUACACUGAAGGUUCCUUUCUAUUAUCUAUUUUUUAUGUUGACAAUCAGGUUUCAUGUGUAAAAAGAAAUGUUUGGUAUUUGCUGCUGCUUAAUAGGCUGUGCUUUGGUGUUUUUAAUAUUAGUAAGAUCUUGGUUAUAUGUAUGACUUCUGUGUCCUUGUGCUCCCAAGUACUGUCCACUGACUAGCUGUGGACAAUGACAGACUAGCCAAACUAGCCAGUAAGCUGACUGAGUGCUGGCCUCUUGCUAACUUCUAGCAUCCUCAGAUCUAGAUUUUUAAAAAUCUAGAUUUAUUAACUGUUGGCAACUCAGUUUUUUUCAUGUUCUGCACACUUAGCAUGUAUAGUAGCCAUAUAUGAUCUGAGGUUUCCCGUUUGCCAUUUUUAAGCUAGAUGGUAUCAUUUCCCUUUCCACUGCAAUAUAGUGUGCCCUCUAUUAUACCAUUUUCAGAUGUUCUUAGCACUUUUUUUUGAUUUUUCAGAAAUUCCAGACCCUGGUAGGUAGGUUGAGGCCUAGAAGCAGGUCCCAACUUGUCUCAUACUAGGAUCCUUUUUUUUUUUUUUUUUUAAAUCAUAUUGCCUAGUUCAGCACUAGUAGCCACAUCUGUAAUCCCAGCUACUUAGGAGACUGAGCUUUGAGGAUCACAGUUCAGUCUGAAACCGUAUUUGGCAGACAAAUCUCCAAUUAACCAGCAAAAUGUUAAAAGUGGAGGUAUGGCUCAAGUGGUAGAAUGCCAGCCUUGAAAGAAAAAAAAACAAGGGAGAUUGCAAGGCCCUGCAUUAAAGUUCCAUUACCAGCACAGGAGAAAACAAAACCUAGAGGCCCCACACCAAUGAAAUCCCAAACUCUGGGAGCAGUGGUAUGCUAGUUUGGCUAGUUUUUACAUUCCCCACGUGAUUCCAGUGGGCAUAUAAUUUCUGGCCAAGCUUAUUCUCAUUCCUUUCAAACUUCCUCACACCCUCCCUAUCUCAUUUAAUAUGCUGUGUGAUCUUGUUUGUAUGACAACUGGAUAUUAUCUCCUUUAGCUAGUAGAAUUCUUCAAAGGAAAGGAACUGCAGUCAUCUGACAGGUUCCAACACUGUCAUCUCCAGAUUGUAGUCAAUCCUUAGCUAAAAACAGACGGCAGAGGGCAGUAUAAGCUAACCACAAACAGUUUACCCAGAAAAUAGCAACUCAUGAGUAAGUUCACAUUUCAGAUGUUUUACUUCAUUUUUAUUUAUUACAUCUGAUUAAUGUUUGAUCAAACAUCUCAUAUUUAGCUAUAUAACUGCAUUAUGCUUCCCAUGAGUCCCUGGUGAAUAGCAAACACCUUAAUUAUUUUUGUAUUUGUGUUUUCUCAGUGUCACCAGACACAUACUAACUACUGAAUGGAGUGGAUGAACUAAUGGAAAAUGGAAGAUUAUUCAAUAAUGUCCCAAAGGCCUCUUUUAAAAGUCAUCACAGUUCUAAAGGAUUAACUGAAUUGCCUUUGAAUUUUCAAGUUCUCUCAAUUCUGUGAAGUUUUUAAACUUGAAGGAAAUUAAAACACAAUUAUAUCAGUC